AUGGCUAAUUGCCUCAGAAGAGAUCUUAGACAGGUCUUAUCGGCGGGCAAGGUUCUACUUGUUGAUGGCGGGAUAGGGUCGAGUUUGCGUGCGUUAGACACGCCUAAAGACGCGCAUUCAUACCUUGAUCGCUUGAACCUAACGCACCCCAGUGCAGUUGCUGAAGUGCAUAGAGCCUUUAUAUCAGCAGGUGUUGACAUAAUCACUACAAACACAUUCCAGGCAAAUGAAUUACGCUGUCCCGACGGAUAUACUGUAGAAGAGCUGAAUAAAGCGGCUGUGUGCAUUGCAAAGCAGGCUAUACGUGACCAUGUGAAGAAUGACGAUAAAAAUAUAUACAUACUUGGAUCCGUGGGGCCGCUUUGUACCGGGAAUGUAGAUGAUGCUAAGAAGCACUAUACCACUCAAAUUGAGACCCUCCUAGAUGCGGGCGUUGAUGGAUUGCUGAUUGAGACUAUCACGCAUACAUCAGAGGCGCGAGUUGCUCUAGAGAUAGCUCGAGAGUUGCAGGUAGAUAUACCUGUUAUAGCUUCUAUAUGUCUCGUAAAGGAUGGCAUAUUACCUGGUGGCGAGUCCUGUAUGGAAGGUAUUGAAGUGCUAAAUACGCUCGCUAUAGACGCUAUUGGUAUCAACUGCGUAGACGAUAUGGACUUGUUAGUGCAAGCAAUUACUAGGAUGAAAAGUACCAUGCCGUCUCUGCCUGUGUAUACAUGCCCCAAUGCAGGCUUCCCAGAUGAACAUGGCAAGUAUAGUUUGACAUGUACAACCUAUAGAGAUAUAGUACAUACACUGCAUAAGCUCGGUGUAAGAAUCAUUGGUGGUUGCUGCGGUGUGGCCGCGAGGCAUUUGGAAUCGAUAGACCGAGAUGCCUGUUAACAUAGUGAAUCUAUAUUGACAGCGCACUACAGUGUGACUCGGGCCUUGAGUUUAGAUCGGGGUCCGCUUAUGACUAAGAUUGACACCCCUUCAAGCUUGUCUACGUGUUUUCUAUGAACUGUAAAUUGCUUCUGGAGACUUGUUUAAUAUGCGAGCCAAGAAUCGUGGAAGCUUGCGGUUAUAAACGAUUAAAAUAUGGAAAUGAUGAUAGUCGCCCUGAGCGAUCGGAUGUACACACAUAUCGAAUGGAGGGGAUAAGAAGUCUCCGGAAAACUGCAAAACAUUGACAUUAAGCGGCCUGUCUCAACAACUUUGGCAGCGGAAUUUAGGACUCCAUAGGGCUGCGAAAUUUGCUGUUUGCGUCAAGUAUACUGGUGUAUCACAUGUGACUGUUGCAGAACAUGGCCACUAGGUGUUCUUGUGGAUGCGGAUGGUAUUUCUCUGUCUUGAUUUAAGGAAGGUAUAGUGUGAGGGCCUUGCAUAUAAAACGCAAACUGCACAAGCAUGCAAACUCGCGGGAGGCUAUCAUAACGUCAUUGUAAUAUUGACGAAUGUGGACUUAAGUAUCAAAUUUGUUGACAACUAAUCCCGACACAUUCGCGGUCAGCGAUUAUAAGGUGAGUUUAGCGCCAAAAGUUAAAUGAAAGAAUAGAAUGCAAACAGGGAUGAAUCAUGUGAGUUAUGUACACAGUUGUUACGUAGAAGAAUUACCUUCUGAAUUGCCAACAGGCAUAAUCUUUGUAAACUAUGUACAUAGCUAUGCCUAGAAGGACAACCUUUUGCGUAGUAUGUACAUAGGUAUUAUCCGAUAUAAAGAGCUGGGAAUUGAAUAAAUAGCAGAAUUAUGUUUUAUUACAGCAUCGAUCAGUCGAUACAAACAAUGAACUCGUUUUGAGUCAUGCUCGCUAAGCUUAUAAACUGGUGUUGGCGGCUGUUAUCAUUCGUACCAGACAUACAACUUACUCAAACCUUAAUAGAACAACGUAUCCGGUGUGGCAUGUCGCUGAUAUGCUCGGAACUCUGGCUCCUUCCCCAGUACGGCCCAUAGAUAGUUACCCACCUCACACGCCUUAAGGUCGACACUACUGUCGACCUUGUUGAACUCUCUAGCGAUUAAUUCAGUAGCUUCCAGUGAUUUCGCACGCAGAGCAAUCUCUUCUUUUGAACCCUUGGGCAAUGCAACAUGCGUAUCUAUGGCAUUGUGAAGACGUUCGCGACAUGUGAUACACCCAGUCUUGCGCAUAGUGGCGACGAUGACAUUGUCUACAUAUGCGGUGAGCAAGUGUGCGUCUUUGAAGUUGAAACGCUCGUCUUGAUUCCUAAACGAAUGGUAUAACUCUCCAGUGGAUAACUGUGCUUUCUUAUACAGAAACACGGCUUGCUUGCUGGUGCUGGGGCCGCUUUCGCUGGGAUAAUAGUAGGCGUCCUUGAACGUGUACGGAAAACUGUCGACAAGUGCCUUUACUACCGAAGCGGCGCCAUUAUCGCUGCUUCCUUUCUUUAAAGCAUCCAAUACGAGCUCGUAUACGUGCUUGUAGCCUUGAUCUCUCAAUCCGAUUCCUAUCUCGUGCGAAACUCCCACUAAAUAGCUGAUGAAUACUUUCAAGGCCUCUGUAACACUAUCCUCUUUGCAAUCGUUCAAAUCUGGUAAGAAGCAUUCAGUAACGGUAUCUUGGGUGAUUUCGGCCAGAAAACUAGAAUCAAGAUCAUGGUUCAAGUUAUACAUGUUGAUUAAACCAGCCUUGAUGGUUAAAAACGCUCCUUUCCUGUGAAAUUUGUGCAAUUCCUGACGGAACCCGCUCCCAAAGUCCAUUGCAUGUGCAAACGUGAUGAAAGAAACUUCCUGCAACAGGCUUUCGAAUUCGAUGCCGAAGCCGGUUAUGUGUGCUGCAAGACUUUCACCUAGUUUUCGAAUCAUCCCAGCGUUCCUAUCUUGCACAAACGCCUUAAUCGCAUCCUGAUUCACCUGUACGAGGCCAUCUGUGUCUAGCUGUGUGCAUGUGUCGCGUACGGCCUGCAAGUAUGACCUACCAUCGUCAACUGUGGGAAAACUCAUACCGAGAAAACUGAGUCUGACUAACUAUACAAUAUUUAAAUACCUAUAUCGAGGCUUGGUGGAUCCUCUGUACUUA